AUGGCGACUUCGGACUGUGCCCACUACAUUGAACUAUGUAAUUCGCCAAUUAAAUUUGAAGCAAUAAGUAAAGUGACAAAUGUGUUUUACGAUGAUGCAAACCAACAAGUCUUCACUGUGCGGUCAGGAGGCUCUAUGGGUGUUGUGGUCAAAGGUCCAAAUGAUAAAACCAGCAUUACGUUCAGAAUGGAAGACCGAGGAAAUGUGAGCUCUAUGAAGUUUUCCCCUGACAGGAAAAUACUCGCCAUUCAGCGCUCCCAGAAGUCUGUGGAGUUUAUUAACUUUCAAGAUGACCAGACUACAGACACUUUGGAAUACUCCCAGACUUGCAAGGGUAGAUCAACAGAGAUUAAGGGAUUUGUGUGGACCAAUGUCAAUGAGAUCAGCUUUAUCACAGGAAAUGGGGUGGAGUUCUACCAGGUUAAUCCAGAGAAGCGUUCUUUAAAGAAUUUGAAGUCGCUGAGUGUCAGUGUGGUGUGGUAUGUCUGGAUGAGUCGUGAAGAUGGAGGUAUGCUGUUGUUGUCAUCUGGCCAGUUGGCAAACUCCCUUCAACCUGUCUACUUUUUGCCAGGAGCCAUGUUGAAGCUGCCUAAGUUUGAGGUGGAUCUGCCCACUCUUCCAAAACAGCCAAAACAACCUUUGAUGGAAAGAGAUGUCACGAUGGCUUACAUCUAUGGUCAGUUGUACAUCAUAGUACUACGUCACCAGCCACGCCCCGGGGUGACUGGAGCAGAGGUCGUGCUGUACCAGGUCCCACAUCAGAAGGAGGCUCCAGCCAAGAAGACAAACAUGUUACGACUAGAGAUGAGUGGACGGUUUGCCAUCAACGUUGUUGACAGUCUCAUUGUCAUACACCACCAGGCAUCCAAGACAUCAGUGAUAUUUGAUAUCCAGUUAGACGGAGAAUCAGACGGCUAUGUGAGCAACCAUUACCCUGUUGUGUCGCCACUGCCCAUCAAGCCCUUCAAAAUGUACCUUCCGACAUUGAACAUUCAGUUGGGUCAAGACAAGAUGGAGUACAACUGUGAAUUGUAUUCAGCCAACUGGAUCGUGUUCCAACCAGAUAUUGUGAUUGAUGCCAAAUUGGGAUGCUUGUGGAGUGUGGAGCUUUUACUUGAACCGUUGGUCACAAUGAUUCCUGACAAGUGUCGUCUGAUCAAGUUCUUGCUGCAGCGCCAGAAGAGCAAGUCUGUGAUCCUGCAAGUGUGUCGACAAAUGUUGUUGCCAGGGCGACAAUCUAGUCUUCCAAUCAUCUCUAAGGUGAUGGACAUGCUUAACAAUGGUUACAAGGCUUACCUGGAGGCAGAGAUUGUUGCAUUGGCAAGUGACUCUGCCAAUCAACAGGAGCUGAAGAAACGUGUGAUCAUCGACCAGUCAGACAUGUACACGAACGUGUUUGAUGAAGUGUUUGAGGAUAACGAGGUAAUGGAAAUUCCAUACAAGUUCAAAGUGGCAGUAUUGAUAGAAUACAUCCGAUCUUUGAGUCAGCGUGAAAUCCCUGUUCAGCAUUACUUGUACGAGCUGAUCAUCAACAUUCUGGUCCAUAACAACUGCUUUUACCAGCUACACCAGUUCCUUCAGUACCAUGUGCUCAGUGACUCCAAACCUCUAGCAUGUUUGAUGUUGUCCCUGGAGAGUGACUACCCGCCAGCCCACCAACUGGCUCUGGACAUGCUUACUAGACUGGCAACUGCUAAUGAAGAAAUAAUAGAAGUGUUACUGUCGAAGAACCAGCUCCUUCCUGCCAUAAGGUUCAUUAGAAAAGCUGGCAUAACAGACACAGUAUCAUCUCGAAAAUUCUUGGAAGCUGCCAUGAAUACAAAUGAUGGUCAACUGUUCUUUACUGUGUUCAAGUUCUUCCAGCAAAGGAACAUCAGGCUCAGGAGCAGUCAUGUCUUCCAUCCAGGUGAACACUGUGAUGUAUAUGUGAAGCAUUUCGAGGAGCUGUUUGGGACAGAUGCACUCAUGCCUAUGGCAAAUACCGCGUGAUGACAUUUCCAUAGCAACUAGCCAUGGCAACAAGGAACAUUAUAAUAAUUCUGUGAUACUUAAUGUGAAUAGUUUUCUUGUAUUCAUACAUUAAUGUUUAAUGAUUGCAAAUAUUGUGUAUCAUUAAUUUGAUUAAUAUUUAAUCAAUUUGUUUGUACAUUCAUCAGGGAUUGUGCAAUGUGACAGUUCAUAAGAUGGUGCAGUUUAUUGAAGUUCAUACUCCACUGGAUACAUUAUUUAUAUCUUGUGUGUUCAGUAAAUGGAACGCAACUUCUGUCCAUUUUUUCUAAAUUCUGAUUACGUUUUUUUUAAGUAAAAACUUACAAAAAGGGUCAUUAAAUAAUUAUGCAAAAGCAAUUCAGGAGAACUUAAUCAUUUCUUGCUCGCUCUAAAUCAUUUCUUGCUCGCUCUAAAACUGAAUUUGUUCAAAAUCAUGACCAUGUUUCAACAUAAGUUAUAGGAGAAAUUGCUUCAUACCGUGAAUUGAUUAAAACAUUUGAGAUGUCAAGCCAUGUAUGACUGUUAUGUUAUCAGAAGAGUUAAUUGAGUUAUCAAGUAAAUACUGAAAAAAAUCGAAAUGUUGGAGCAUGUUUUUAGAUUUUGCCUUUUUUGUUGUUGUUUUUUUUGAAAGUGUACAUAACCAUUCCAAGAAAUAAUGAAUUCGCAUUUAAUAUGUCGUCUGCGAAAUAUGGCAGAAACAUAGGGACUACUUUGUCUGGCGUCUUCCUCGUCGUCGUCCACGUCAUACACCCGUAUCCGAUCAAUAACAUUUGAAUGACAUGGUGUAGAGUCUUCAAACUUGGUAUGCACAUUGGACAUGGCCAGUUGAUUUUGGGGUAAAUAUGUCAAAGGUCAUUGUGACCUGUACUAGAAAAAAAUUGGCACUUCCGACAGGCGAUACACCCGAUUCGCAGAAUUCUAGUCUUGUAAAAUGAGGCCAGCUUGAAAUAUCAUAUACAUGUACAUGUAAACACACAUUAUCCUAUUUGUUGUUUUAUUGCCUAACGAUUUUAAGUUAAUAAUGUUAGUGUUAUCGAAUCUUAGGUAAGAUAAAGAAGUUUAUACCUAUUUCAGUAAAGGUGAUCAUAUUUAAAUCAAACCUUUGUUAGCUAAUUCAUAUAUAUGUGAAUAAUAAA